AACAGCAACAGCCACACACUACACACUACACACUACACAGUUCCCUACUUCGAACAAUGCCUCCAGACCUCCAAGGCAUAAUUAUCACCCUGUGCGUCGGGCUCGGCGUCUUCCUCUUCAUUCUCGUAACGGUGAUUCUGUUCGUCUGGGUCCUCCCCCGUGCUCCAAACGAUGACCCCGAAUCGAAACUCGCCGGUAGCACGACAGACGAGAAUCUCUCGAAACUCGCAAAGGUGGCGCCAAAGUCCUGUCUGCGCGAGUGGUGGGCGACACAGAAGGAGAAAAUGAAGUUGACGGAACACGACACCAAUUUUGUCUGUGCCAUUUGUCUCGAUCCUAUUGCCGAGUCGGCAUCCAUCCACGCCCUGAAAUGUAACCAUGUCUUCCAUGACCAGUGUCUAGAGGAGUGGUUCCUGCAUUUCCAUUUCACCUGCCCGUUAUGCCAUGCGGCGUUUUACGAUGCCGACGCUUGA